UCUCCAGAGUCACAGCAAUUAACGGCACUGGUUUUGAGGAACUAACGGCGAGAGCAGCGUGUUAGCAAACGGGCUGAGCGCGGCGGAGCGCCGGGAGCCGGAGGCCGGUGCUGCGAGUGGGCACCGCGGGCGGCCGGGCACCGCGGGCGCGGAGGCCAGACCACCCUGCCACCCAAAACCCCAGCUCAAACCGCAGCUCUGUCCCUGGCAGAGGCAGACGGUGCCCGAGAUAACAGCAGCUCGCAGGGUAUCUGUGCUGCAGCGGCGGCGUGAGCGGAGCCGAGCCGCCGGCCGGGGUCUCCCGGCGCGGGGCCGUGGGUGCUGCCGCCGGCGAGGUGCCCACCCGCGCGGCUCCCGGGGCCGGUGCCGCGGGCAGCCAGGGCCGCGCUGCGCCCCGGGGUGGAUGCGUCCGCGCUGCGGAGGGAGGCUGCGCCGGGAGGACGUCUGGCUCCAGGAAGCAUCCGCGGGCGCAGCAAGGGGCGUCUGAUGCGGCCGCUUGCCGGGCCCCGUCCCGCCGCCGGUGUCUGAACUCCGGGUGAUGCCAGAGCCAAGGAGCGGACCAUGGGCAGGCGCGGCGCGGGGACGACCCUCCUGCGGCGGCUCUCCCUGCUCCUCCUGCUCUCCCUGGGCGGGACCCACGGCUGCGCCUCGGUGGCCGUGGGCUCGCCCGUGGUGCCCCUGGGCUCGGCCGUCACCGCCUCCUGCACCGUCCGGAGCCAGCUCUGCGGCGGGCUGGACCGCGGCCGCGUCCGCAUCUCCUGGCUGCUGGACGGCGAGCCCCUGGCCGGGAGGCAGCGCGGCGGCCCGGGCGGCGCGGAGGUGUCCCACGUCACCGUGCCCCACUUCAACCGCAGCCAGGCCCGGCUGUGGUGCCUGCUGGAGUGGAACGGCACCCGGCAGCGCGUCGGCGUGGCCGAGAUCCAGGCGGGAUACCCGCCCGCGAAGCCCUCCAACCUCAGCUGCAUGCUGAACCUCAGCGACUACGGGCUGACGUGCCAGUGGGAGCGGGCGGCCGACAGCCUGCCCACCGCCGUCGCGCUCCAGUGCGCCACGAGCCGAGCGCAGCGGGAGCCCGCCGGCCAGGCGGUCACGGGCUGCACCCCGCGCGCCGGCGGCCGCCGCUGCACCGUGCCCCGCAGGCUGCUGCAGCUCUACCGGCAAAUGGACUUCUGGGUGUCGGCCCGCAACGCCCUGGGCACCGCCGAGUCCGAGCGCCUCCGCAUCGACCCCAUGGACGUGGCCAAGCUGGACCCCCCGACGCUGCAGAGCAUCGGCUCGGUGCCGCAGCAGCCCGACUGCGUCUCGGUGGCCUGGGAGGCGGCCCCGAGCAGCCGGCACAUGGAGCUGCAGUGCGAGCUGCGCUACAGCAGCGCCGAGGACCCGGCCUGGGCGCUGGUGCCCGGCAUCGGCAGCCAGGCCGGGCCGACGCAGCACUGCGGCUUCCUCUGCGGCACGCGGUACCGCUUCCAGAUGCGCUGCCGGCGGCCCUCGCCCGGCGGCUACUGGAGCGAGUGGAGCGCGGGCAGGGACUUCACCACCCGCGAGAAAGCCCCGACAGCGCGCCUGGACGCGUGGUGGAGCACGCGGCCCGUGGGUGCCGGCCGCAGGGUCGAGGUGCAGCUGCGGUGGAAGGCGCCGCCGCAGCGGGAGGCGAACGGGCGGCUGCUGGGCUACCGGGUGGCGCUGAGCCCCCGGCGCAGGGGCUGGGACCCCCCCGCCGUCUGUGACACCGCCGACACCCAGUGCAACUUCUCCGCCCCGGCGGGGACCGGCAGGGUCUACCUCAGCGCCUACAACGCCGCCGGCGAGUCGCCCGCCACGGAGGUGGUCCUGCUGGAGAGGACGGGCCGGCCGCUGGCGGGGCUCCGCGCCGUGCCCGGCGGCGAGCGCAGCCUCUGGGUGCACUGGGAGGUGCCGCCGGCCCCCGCCGCCGGCUACGUGCUGGAGUGGUACCCGACCUCGGCGGAGCCGGCCGGCUGCAGCGCCUGCUGGCAGAGGGAGCGCGACGGGGGCACCACCAGGGCCCUCAUCCGAGACGGCAUCGAGCCCUUCCAGCAGUACAGCGUUUUGGUGUAUCCCCUCUACAAGGAUGCCGUCGGGGUGCCCGCCUGCACAGCAGCCUACUCCCAGCAGAAGGCCCCGUCCCACGCCCCGAAGCUCCACCUGAAGAGCAUCAGCAAGUCCCACGCCGAGCUCUGCUGGGACUCGAUUCCCGUCGGGAUGCGGAACGGCUUUAUCACCAACUACACCAUCUUCUGGGCCAACAGCACUGCAGAUGUGUCCAGUGCCGUUGUGAAUUCCUCUCUCAGCUCCUUCGUCAUCUGGGGCCUGAAGCCUUCGACGCUGUACAAAGUGCACAUCAUGGCUUCCACGGUGGCGGGCAGCACCAACGGCACCAGCCUGACCCUGGUGACCAUGGUGCUAGAUGACAUUGAAAUCCAGUUCCUCUUCCUCACCCUUGGGCUGGUCUUCGUCCUGCUCAUACUUUUGAUGAUCUGCUUCCAGAAGAACGGGAGGGUGAAGAAGCAGUUCUGGCCCAGCGUCCCCGACCCGGCCAACAGCAGCCUCGGCAAGUGGGUGCCGGCAGAGCUGCAGCAGGAGCCUCUGCAGAUCCCUGGCGCGAGGGAGCCCGGCCUGGCGACCAUUUCUACUGUCACGGUGCUUGAGAGGGGAGCAGGGAAGCAGCCGUGGGGCAAGGACCCCAUGGCAGAAACCACCAGCGGCUUCCCAGACCUGCCCAAGACCUACGUCCAGCAGGACGGACCUGACACACCGAGCGGCAGCAGAGACAUGUCGGAAACGAGUCAGGGGUGCUACAGGAAUGGAGGCGAGCCAGUCCAGUACGCGCACGUGGUCGGGGACGGUUACAAGGGCCAGCAGCACGUCCCAUCCCGCCUCUACCUCCGCUCCAGCUCCACCCAGCCCCUGCUUUUCGACGGCACCCCCAGCCCCACGCCCUACGAGAACCUGUGGUUCCACGGGGUCGCCCCGGAGAGGCUCUACGGCCAGGGCGGCAAGGGGGACAAGGGCUUCCCCGAGGAGCCACUCAUCAACUUCCCCCUGCUGCAGGGCCUGAAGAUCGGCGGGGCUGAGGAGCUCUAUGACUUCCAGAGAUUUUAGCUCUGGGCAGAGGCCAGGCAGUGGGACGCGCUAACGGCUGCCCCCGCUGGCCCAGACCCCCGCGCCUCCCCGGAAGGGCCAAGCCGCCGGGCUCAGCACCACGCGCCCGAGCAUCCCUCCCCAGCCGGGGCAGGCAGCCCGCGCCGUGCCCCGGGCCAGGGCAGCCCCGACGUGGAGCUGGGCACCCUCCGCUCCACACUCUGCGCCGUGCCGCGGGGCAGAGUGAUCCCAGCCCCCGGGCAGCCAGGCCGGGCACGUCCCGCUGCCGCUCCCGCUCACCUCCCCAGCUCCCGCGAGCGGGUCAGCGCCAGGCGCCCCAGGCCUUGCCGCGGGUGCCGAGGGAGGAGAGGCAAAAUCCCCGAGAGGGGCGUGCAGGGCAUGCAGGGCGCAUGGGCUGAGCCCGGCCUGGCCGCGUCCCCCCUGCCGCGGCCGUCCCAGCGCGGUGCUGCGGGGAAGGACCCUGCGGCGGCCCAGCCGAGGGACUGCAAAGCUCCCUACCUCCGACGACGUUACCUGAACAGCCAUUUAAGCUCACCGUCCGGCUGCCUGGCACCGCCCGGCAGCUAAGGGAUCUCACUGCACUUUGGGAACGCCCAGGGCACCCCGUGCUGUUUAUUUUUGCUUUUCCAUGUGCUCACACAAUAAAGGGGGGUACUCCCCACGAGCCCCGUGCAGACAGAC